CGUGGCUCGACUCUACAGCUGUAAGCGCUGCAAAAAAGUGUGCUCUGACAUCGCGCACAGUGCGUGCCGAGACAACGCAGCAAUAUGGCUGCCGCAUCACAGCGAGCCAUCCGAUUAUUAGCAGGCGCCAACGUAGCAGCACUCGGCACGCUCGGCGCAGCGAUUGCGUUGAAGCCCGACGGCGAUGCCACGACUGGUGGCGUCGUCGCCCAGGCGGAAGCGGUCGGCCGCGCGGCACGGCUCGCCGGCACGCUCGCCGUCGUCGCCGCGGACUACAAGGGCGUCGAGUGGUUCUCGAAUGAAACCAAGGACGCGUCGGCGAGCGAGCGCUUGAAGAAAGCAAUGGCCGAGCAGGAACUCUCGGGCCUGGAAGUCGAGCGCGCCAAAGACGCCGCCGCCCGCGAGGCGGGCGUGCGACGCGCGGCGGCGGCGCGCGAGGCCGUGCUGCGCGAAUCGGCGGCCGUCGCCGCCCAGGGUAGCGCGACGACGCCUUGGAACGCGGCACACGAGCGGAACGCGGCGCGACUGUUGCAUCUAGCAAGGGCGAACGGCGGCGUGUACGUGAAGAUCGCGCAACACUGCGCGCAGCUCGACUACUUGCUACCGCCCGAGUACACGACGGCCUUUGCCUCCUGCCUCGACGACGCGGCGCGGUCGUCGUGGGACGACGUCCGCGCGGUUGUGAAGGAGGAGCUCGGCGCCGAGCCGGACGAGGCCUUUGACGCGUUCGAGCGCGAGCCGAUCGCGAGCGCUAGUUUAGCUCAAGUCCACCGUGCGGUCUGGAAGGGAAGGGACGUCGCGGUAAAAGUGCAACACCGCGGUCUCCGCGAGACGAGCGUCGGCGACCUGGCGCUCUGCGGCGCGGCCGUGGGCGUCUUCGGCAAGCUGUUCCCGGCGUUUCGGAUGCAGUGGGUCGUCGACGAGAUUGCGCCGCACCUGCCGCGCGAGCUCGACUUCGUCGCGGAGGCGGCGAACUGCCGGCGCUGCGCCAAGACGUUCGAGCGGUGGCCGGACGUCGUCGUGCCCGAGGUCUUCGACGAGGCGACGUCGGCGCGCGUGCUGACGAUGAGCUGGGAGCCGGGCGUCAACGGCACGCGGAAGGACGAGAUCCGCGAUGAGCUGGGCCUCGACCCGACGGCAGUCGCGGCGCUCGUGUCGACGGCGUUCGCGUUCCUGACCUUCCACGACGGCCACGUGCACUGCGACCCGCACGCGGCGAACGUGCUCGUGCGCGCGUCGCCGGCGGGCCGGCCGCAGCUCGUCCUGCUGGACCACGGGCUCUACCGCGAACUCGAUGAUGAGUUUCGUUUGGAGUGGGCGCGCCUGUGGCGGGCGCUGGCGCUCGCGGACGUGCCUGGGAUUCGCGAGAGCGCCGAGGCUUUGGGCGUGGGCGACCUUUAUCCGCUCUUCGCGGCCAUGCUGACGCAACGCCCGUGGGACGACGUCGUGAAUCCGGACCUGGACUCGCUGCGGCGCACCGGCGCCGCGGACGACGCCAUGCUGAGGGAAUAUGCCCAGCGUUACGCGCAGGAGAUCACGGUCGUGCUCGACCGCGUGCCGCGACAAUUGUUACUUUUGUUAAAGAUGUCGGACUGCUUGCGGCACCUGGACCGCUCGCUCGGCGGCACGACGAACACCGACGUCGUCACGGCGCACGCGUGCGCCGACGCCCUGUACGCCGCUGACGGGCGGCUCCGGUCGUAUCUCCGCGUGAAGCUGCGGCUCUGGGCCUACGAGUGGCUCUCCGCGUUCCGCGGCGCGAACCUGGCCCGUCAACGCGAGGCAUCGGUCAGCGUGCCAGAGAUGACGUCGGGGUUUGCGAAGGAUGACCGAGGUGUGUAA